AUGCAGAUUGUUCGACAGACAGGCAAGACCAACGCAAAGACCUUCUCCGUGCAGACCAAAAAGAUAGAUGAGUAUUUAUCAAAGAAGAAGGAGAAGAGGAGGAGACAUCGAGAGGCAGUUAAAAACGCCAAGCUCCAAAACUUGAUGGAAAUUGAUAAACUCCGUCAAGAAGUGCACCAGCUCAAUGACAUGCUGAAAAGAGCGCAGGAGGAGUUGGUCACAGAAAAACUAAGGGGGAUGCAGUUGAGUGCAGGUCAAACCCCUAUGCUUAUGGACUCAGACAGCAUUGUACAAGCUUCAGUCGAUUUACAGCAAGAGAGGCUGAAGAACCAGAGUCUGCAAGAAGAACUGGACAAACUCAAAGCUGCUCACCAUGAUCUGAAUAAAAAGUAUCAGGAUGGUUUGGUCAGUGUCAAGCAGCAAAUGAACAGCCUUCAGCAGGAACUGCAGAAGCAAAUGAAGAUUAAUCGUGAAAGAGUGCCACAGGACCAGGCUGCAAAAAGUUCCUUAGCAGCUAAAGACAACAGUCUCCUCAAGAGCAUGACGGAGAAAAUGGCCAAACACCAGCAAAAUUUGAUCCAUGCUGAACAGACUGUGGAGAGCCUUCAAGAGAAGCUGCAGAAGCAGGAGAGGGCACAUAGUGAAAAAGUGUCCUGGGAUCAGGCUGUUAAAAGAUUCCUAACAGCUCAAAACAAGGCCCUCCUUCAGAAGAUGGCAGAGGAGAGGCAGAAACACCAGCAAAAUAUGACCUAUGCUGAACAGAUAGUAAAGAGCCUUCAGCAUGAGCUCAAAAGCCAAAGUCAGGCUCCCCUUGGCCAAACAUCCCAAGUAGUCAUCAGGUCUGUAAAGGCAGAGCAUAACACCAUCUGUCAGAAGAUGAGACAGGAGAUGGAGGUCCUGCAGCACAGUGCAAUCCAGAGGGAGCAGAUAUUGAUGGCAGAGCUGGAGAAGCCAAACAAUCAGCUCAUCGUCCAGAAGAACUGCACUACAGAGCUUAAAGUUACAGAUGACCAGAGCCUUCCACAAGAUAGAGCUACAAUUCUGGAGGAGAGGAAGAAGACAGACCUUCUCAGUGAGAAGUACAAGUCUGUGGUCCUCAGUGACAAAGCACUCUGA